AGUAAAAUGGAAUUUGGUGCACAUGUCUCUUUAUUUUUUUAGCUAUUUUCCCCGAAUUGGCUUUUAAUAUUUGAUUUUUUUACAUCGAUCACCAUGACGCACAAUGAAGCCAGAGGGCAUUGGUUCAAAGAAGGAGCCAUCGGACUCGGAGUUGGAGUUUUGUAUGGAGUGACUAGUGUGUGCGUGGGUCACCCAUUCGACACCAUCAAGACCAAAAUGCAGGCUCAGGUUGGGUUUGAGAAAGACGGCCUCUUCAGAACGCUCACUAAAACCUUCAAAACACAGGGUAUCAUCGGUUUCUACAGAGGCUCCAUUCCUGUUCUGUGGGGCUCUGGCAUUUACAGGUCUACACAGUUCGGCGUUUUUGAAUCAGUAUACACCUUCCUAGAUAAUCCAUUUUGUAAAAACGAAAUUCCGAUGACGGGAGGCUUGCAAAUACGAGUGUUGCUGGCUGGCGCUUGUGGCUCCACAGCUAGGGCCAUCAUUGAGUCACCGUUAGAACUUGCAAAAAUCAGAAGACAAACGCAGCAGACGUGGCAGUUCAGAGGGCUUUACAAGGGUUUUGGGGUCCACUGGUGUCGGACGAUGGGCCUGAUGUGUACCUACUUCAUCCUGAUUGACACCCAGCGGCGACAUUUCCCUCAGGUCUUCAACUCCAGCGUUAUCGGCCCGUUCCUGGUCUCGGGCACUGCUGCCACGCUAGCUUGGUGGAUCGUGUGGCCGCUGGAGUAUAUGAAAUCACAAGUGCAAGGAAACUAUGGAAAGGACAUGCCCGUCUUAACCCGGAUGCGCUUGGUCGUCAAAGAGCGCGGGGGCUUCCUCGCAUUGUACCGCGGCAUCGGGCCGGGAACCAUCCGGAGCUUCAUCUCCAACGGGACUAGCAUGAUCGUCAUGGCCAACGCACAGAAGAAAGUGUCGGAGUGGGGCUUGAGAGAUUGAUAUUAAAGAUGGCAGCAUCCUCGCUAGCCAGGCAGUCUUAUGUCGUAAGACACUCCAGCAAAGGGAGUCCAAAUCUUUACCCUUUUUUAAACUCAACGUCAACCAAUCAGAUUCUCUGCAACGUCUGGGUAUAUUCAGGUCAGGAAUUACAAGGUCAACUUUAUUAGCCAAUAGACGUUUAUCGUGCUGCCACCAUUUCAGUCAUGUUCCCUGUAUCAAAUAACAGUACCGAAUGAUAAUGUU